AGCGUUCUGUUAUUGUCGGGUUCUGUUAGUGUUCCGUUAUUGGUGCCUGUCGGCCCAGUGUGGCCUGACCGUGCCCGGGGGCGAUAUGAGCGCGAUCCCACUGACCCGGUCUGAGAGAAUAAACCAGUCGGGCCCGAGCCGAGCCAGCGUGUGGAGUGCGUGCGGGAGCGAAGCGGAACAUCACAUUGGCGACGAGGCUUCGGACUCAGCCUCAGCAAGUAUGGUGCAUGGUGAUCUGGGAACGUUCUCAGUUGAUAAGGAGCCAAUCCACCGUUUUGAAAAGUCAGAAUCGUCAGAAGCGCGACUUCGACAGAACUGCGACUGCUAGGCGUUUUGAGAUCGGAGACCUGGUUUACGUUCGCAACUUUGGUCACGGGCCCCUGUGGUUACCUGGGUUCGUGAUUGCUGUGGAUGGUCCAGUGUCUUACGUAGUUCGUCUCUGUGACGGCAGGACCUGGCGGCGACACGGUGACCAGCUGCGGGCGAGAACCGAGGCUCAGCAGCUGCCACCGACCCAACAGUGGCCGGCUGCCCCGGCGGGCGGCGGUGGGCGGCGGGAGGCUGGACCAUAUCCGGAGUCUGGACGCUUGCCCGACCCGGAAUACGUCACCGGGGACCCUCGUGGUGCUCGUCAGUCGCCGGCCCGUCUCGUGCCGCCGCUCGACCCGGCUGAGCCGGGCGCUGCGAGUGGGAGCGGACCGGAUGCCGAGUCCGCCACCCUGGAUCCGGACUCCAGCGCUCGUCAGCCGUCGCUCCGUCUUCCGGCGCCGUCAGGUUCUGCGACCGUGAGACGGGGCCCGUUGGCUCCCGCGAGUGCACCUGUAGUGACUGGAUCCGGACCAGCGGCGCCGCCUACACCGGACAGACGGACGGCGGAUCCGCUGAGGCGUUCCUGUAGGGUCAGGAAACCACCGGACUUCUUCCAAGCCGUGUUCCAAGCUGGUGUCUGAUGUGUUAACCGAGGUGUUUGUUGUAAGGUGUUGUCCUUGUAAGAAAGGAAGGAGUGUAGCGUUCUGUUAUUGUCGGGUUCUGUUAGUGUUCCGUUAUUGGUGCCUGUCGGCCCAGUGUGGCCUGACCAGUGACCGUGCCCG